AUGACGACCUUGGUACGAUUGACUGUUCUGUAUAUGGCUUUUGGAGUAUGCACAGGGGAAUUAGUUCCACUAGACGGCUUUAGUACUGAAUCUUUAGACACUUUCGCCAGGAAGAAGUUGAUGUUUUUGAUUGUACAAAAACUGAACGAGACCAUUGAGAUCCAGGACUCGUUGAAGCACCAGUGUGAUUUGAAAAUUAACCAGUCUAUCGAGGAGUGUAACGCAUGCGCCAGGAGCGAGAAUAUCACCAAGCCAGCUAGUGUGUUGGGAUCUGUCUUGCCAAGUUUGAUGAAUCCCAUUAUUCUAGUGGCAGGAGUGGUAAAGGACAUUGAAGGGAGUAUGGACAAUGCUGUUAAUGUUCUCGGGGACAAAACAUCGGACUUUAUCAAAGAUGUCGGAAGUGUGGCAAAGACCGCAGGAGACUCCCUCAUUGACGGAGUCUCCGAUGUCAACAACGACAUUCUCGAGGGUUUGUCGACAUUCCAGGACCUGUUGACAAGUCUGGUCACAGAUCUUGGACAUGGUUUGACAGCUAAUGUCCAUAGUUCUGAUUCAGGUGGCAUUGAUUUCGGCAACAGUGUCGACAGUAGUCUCGACAACUUCGGGGACCAUCUUUCUCAGGUGGCGCAGAGCGAUAUUGAUAGCGAAAGCCACCUUGGGCACGAGACAGAUCAUGAUGGAAACAGCAUUGGACACGCCUUUACCGAUUUAGGACACGCUAACGGAGGUGUAUUUGGUAAAAGAAGUGUAUGUUCUGUCUGUGACAAAGUUAAUGCAACGACUCGAACUUCUGACGAGAUAUUGAAAGACGUUUGUGGUGAAGAUGAGAUCCACAGACAGCGAGCAGCUACAGCGUUUCUUUCGAAAAUGCAAACUUUUUACGACACAGCGGUCAGCAAAGCCAUAGUAACAAAGGUUGAGUACGACCCUACUUCUAUUGACGUUACCAAUGGAGUUGCCUUCAAAACUGUCUACGUCAAUUACACUAUUGCAAGUACACCCACGCGCUACCAAAGUACCGUGCCCCUCCGUAUCACCAACCUACCAGUCACCGGCGAUGCUCUAGGACAGGAAAUCUUUGACAGAUAA